UCCAUCCAAAUCUGUGUUUUAACACCCAACAUGUUGCGCACAUCUCCCACUUUCUAGCAACCUAAUUGUCCGUUAAAGUCAUCAGAAAUUAGCAGCUAACCAUUUAUGAUGCCUGUGAAGAACAAGAAGUAAAAUGGGGAUUACAAGAAACUGGUUCAGAAGAGCUCGAAGGAAGCUGAGUAGAAAAGCCAACAGAGACAUUGUUUUUCUGCAGACAAACGCCAGCCCAAAUCAUGAUGAAGAAGAAACCAAUCUUACAUUAGCACAACAACAAGAAGAUGAAGAACAUGAAGAUGAAGAAGAAGAAGAAGAAGAAGAAGAAGAAGAUGAAGAAUUUACAUAUGAUUCAAGGAUACCCAGUUUUCAAAACAAAGAUUUGUCUAUAGAGGAAGUGGCAGCCAUCAAAAUCCAAGCUUGUUUCAGAGGCCAUCUUGCAAGACGAGCAUUUCAAGCACUAAGAAGCUUGGUGAAGCUGCAAGCGCUGGCUCGAGGGGUGUGUGCGAGGAGGCAGGCGCGGGUAGCUCUUCAAUUCAUGCAUGCAUUGGUUCGAUUGCAGGUUCGGGUUCGUGCUCGCCAGCUUCUGAACAGGUACAGUGAAGAGUCUGAUUAUUGAAGAUUGUUUCUUCAAAGCUGCGGAGAAAAGGUAUUAUUUAUACUACUAGCAGAUGCUUCUACAGGACAUAUAAUAGUGUGGCUAAGUUCAUUCAGAAUUCUAUUCUUUUGUGUUCAUAUCCUCUGUUUGAUUGUUGUUUGGAGAUUCUCUUCUUGACCUUUAUUUCUCAAGUGUUUUGCAGCUAGUUUUUGAAGUUUUAUGCUUUAGUACGAUUCUCGAGCUGCACGAGUUGAAUCCAAGUGCCAAUUCUUUUCUUGUUAAUGAUUGAUUAUCAGUUCUCUUCUCUUCUCUUCUCACAAAUAAUUUGUACACAACUUGAUUUAAGAUUCAAAA